AAGCUGUUUUCAUCUGUGAUCAUUUAAAAAGUGUACUGAGCACCAAAUCAGCAUAUUAGAGUGAUUUCUGAAGGAUUAUGUAAUACUAAUGACAUUAAAAGUCUUAUUUCAAAAACAUUAAAAUAUCUUACCAACCCCAGAGUUUGCACAGUGUUGUAAAUAUAUAGACUAUAGACUAACUGACACACAUAAAUUUACUUAAGAAUUUAUAAAAGCCAGUUUUAUUUGAUUUCCAAGCUGAUAGCUGCACCCUACUGCAGCAUUAAGUCAUUUCGCAAAAAUGUUAUGUAUUACUGUUUAAAACAUUUAUAGAAUAAUAUAUAUGACCGUAGAAUCAUUCCUAUUCUUCUAGUAUUUUAAAGAAUAGCAGUCACUUUACAGUAUAUAGAGUAACUCAGUCAAAAAACAAAGUUAGUAUUCUAUUCUAAACAUGUCCAGAUUGAGUGCUAAUGUCUGGAUUGACAUUUGCUCCUCAGACACUGCUUUGACUUUUGACCUCUGACCUCUUUCACACACCUGCUUUUCAUUUACACCAACCAUUUUAAUUGAUUCCGAAUUUUUCACAUUUUGUCUGUUUAUUUGAACUGUUCAUAACCUGAUCAUUUUAUCUCACACGUUAUUAAGUCAAAUUGUUUUGGUUUACCGCAUUGCAAAUCACUGGAGUCCAGCAGUGACUCAGAUUUUGCUUUUUUUCUCUUAGAGUAUAUAUAUAUGGCAUACAUUUUGCGAGAACCACCCCGUUCAUAUGGUUUAAAUUACAGGGUAUGACACGCAGACACAGAACAAAACGUCUUUUUGAUUAUUUUUAUGAUAUGUUGAAUGCUUUAAAUGAUAUAUCCAGGUCUGUAUUAUAUUCCAUUUGAAUGUACUUUUCAUAUGUUGGAUUUGCAUUGUAUAGGCUGAUUAAAUAUGCCAGGUUUGUUCUGUGGGGUUGCAGCUGUGUGUAUGUGUGUGAAACAGUGGCACUUACUGCCCUCUAGAGCUAAAGUUAAAAUUACAACAUUGCAUGAAUUCCCUGAAUGCCAAAAAAGAAACUGUGAUAAAAGCCAAUGUACUUGGGGGAUCUGGGCUGCAUAUUGUUAUUAAGGCCUGCUAAGCUAAUUUACCAUAAUUAACAUGCAUAUUUCACAUUUAUUUUGUUUUAAGGAUGAUUUUGAUGAGGAAGGUUUCUGCCAGCCGUACAGAGGGAUCGCGUGUGCUCGCUUCAUAGGAAACAGGAGUAUCUUCGUGGACUCGCUGCAGAUGCAAGGCGAGAUUGAGACCCAAAUCACAGCGGCGUUCACCAUGAUUGGCACCUCCAAUCACCUGUCAGAUCGCUGCUCCCAAUUUGCUAUCCCGUCCCUGUGCCAUUUUGCCUUCCCGACAUGUGACCGCAGCUCUGGCAUGGACAAACCGCGGGACUUGUGCAAGGACGAGUGUGAGAUUCUGGAGAACGACCUGUGUAAGACAGAGUACAUCAUCGCUCGCUCCAACCCCCUCAUCCUCAAGCGCCUCAAACUGCCCAACUGUGAAGACCUGGCCGCUUCAGACAGUCCUGCGGCUGCCAACUGUAUGAGAAUAGGCAUCCCAAUAGCUGAGACCAUAAAUAAAAGCCACAAAUGUUAUAACAACAGCGGUUCGGAUUAUCGCGGGACAGUCAGCGUGACUAAAUCUGGUCGUCAGUGUCAGCCGUGGAACUCGCAGUAUCCCCACAGCCACACCUUCCUGGCCAUGCGUUACCCAGAGCUCAACGGGGGACAUUCCUACUGUCGCAACCCCGGAAACAAGCACGACGCUCCCUGGUGCUUCACCCUAGAUGAGGGUGUGCGCAUGGAGCUCUGCGACAUUCCUCCAUGUGAUUUGCCCAAGCAUGGCAGCAGCAGUAUGGGGAUCCUAUACAUCCUGGUACCAAGCGUUACUAUACCGCUGGCCAUUGCCCUGCUGUUCUUCUUCAUCUGUGUGUGCCGAAACAACCAGAAAGCCUCACGUCCACCAGCCCCACGUCAGCCCAAACCAGUACGCGGCCAGAACGUGGAGAUGUCCAUGCUCACGGCAUACAAACCAAAGAGCAAAACCAAAGAACUUCCUCUGUCUGCAGUGCGCUUCAUGGAGGAGUUGGGCGAGAGCAACUUUGGUAAGAUCUACAAAGGCCACCUGUACCUGCCAGGCAUGGAGCAAGCUCAGCUAGUGGCCAUAAAAACACUGAAGGACAUCUCAAGUGCACAACAUUGGGGCGAUUUCCAGCAGGAAGCCUCUGUCCUGGCAGAACUUCAUCAUCCCAAUGUGGUUUGUCUCCUGGGUGUCGUAACCCAAGAGCAGCCCGUCUGCAUGCUCUUCGAGUUCCUAGCCCAAGGAGACCUCCACGAGUUCCUCAUCAUGCGCUCUCCCCACUCAGAUGUGGGCUGCAGUAGCGACGAAGAUGGUACCAUCAAGUCCAGCCUCGAUCAUGGAGACUUCCUUCACCUGGCCAUUCAAGUCGCAGCUGGGAUGGAGUACCUCGCAAGCCACUUUUACGUCCACAAAGACCUUGCGGCAAGAAACAUCCUGGUUGGUGAGCAACUUCACAUCAAGAUCUCUGAUCUUGGCUUUUCAAGAGAAAUCUACGCUUCAGAUUAUUACAGAGUCCAACCCAAAAUGCUCGUUCCUAUUCGCUGGAUGCCACCAGAAGCCAUCAUUUACGGGAAGUACACAACAGACUCUGACAUUUGGGCAUUUGGUGUGGUUCUGUGGGAGAUCUUCAGCUUUGGCCUGCAGCCCUAUUACGGUUUCAGCAACCAGGAAGUGAUGGAGAUGGUGCGGAAGAGGCAGCUGCUGCCCUGCCCAGAGGAUUGCCCUCCUCGCGUGUACGCACUGAUGACCGAGUGCUGGCAGGAGGGACCCGCUCGUCGGCCGAGAUUCAAAGACAUCCACGCCCGACUACGUGCUUGGGAGGGUCUUUCCUCUCACGCCAGCUCCAGCACACCAUCCGGAGGCAACGCCACCACCCAGACUACCUCUCUGAGCGCCAGCCCCGUCAGCAACCUCAGCAGCCCGCGCUACGCCGGAUACAUCUACGGAGCUCCGCAGAGCCUCCAACCGGGACAAAUUGCGGGCUUCAUGGCAGCACCGAUGCCUCAAAACCAGCGUUUUAUACCUGUAAAUGGCUACCCUAUCCCAACAGGCUAUGCUUCCUUCCCUGCAGCCCAUUUCGCCGCAACUCAGGGCCCUCCACAGGUGGUGCAGCACUGCCCUCCUCCGAAGAGCCGGUCGCCCAGCAGCGCCAGCGGCUCAACCAGCACGGGUCAUGUGACCAGCGUCCCCUCCACAGGCUCCAAUCAUGACGCCAAUACGCCUUUGCUUUCUCAUUGUGUCACUCUGACGCCCAUGACAGCAUUGCCGGGCGGCACAAUGCAAGUGUUUGGACAUAUGGCACAGAAGGCCAUGCAAAUAGACCCGAGUCAGGCUGCGCUGCUGGCUGACACUAACAGACUGAUAUACAGUGAAUCCAUCAUUACUGCCGAUUUGUGAAUACAUGCUUUGUCCUGUAUAUUGAUUUAUUGAAUUAUUGAUAUUUUAAUGUUUUUUUUUUCUUCCUUGUAAAUAUGUAAUAGCCUGAAAAAAAUGCAAAAGUUUAUAUUUUAAUGUUGUUUUAUAAAUGUGUCUUAAAGGGAUAGU